AUGUCUUGUCCUGCUCGCCUACAUCCUUUGCGCAAGCCCCCAAACCAUCGCGUCCCUAUUCCCCGAUGGAAGCUUAGCCUGCCAGAUCAUGUCGAGCACGUAUUAACAUCCUAUGUUGGUGUUGAGCAGCACGACAAUAGUGACACAGCUGCUCAGACGAAAGAAGAAGCCGUUGCGGGUGUUCAACGGUGGAUCGAAGGAACCGACGCACCAGAGGCAGUAGAGUGCUUCACUACGAUAGACAAUUACAGUCGCAUUGGUGCUACUGUGUGGGUCUGCUAUUGGAGCGAUCGAAGAAGACGUAACCCCGUCAUUGCAUCGUUGAACCUCAAAGGCAUACAUCAAAAUCUUUCCACUGCUGGUCGCCCAUUAAUCGGCUUAUGGCACGAAAGCUUCACAACACCAGUAUCGCGCCUAGAGACCAACUACUCGGGUCUCGACUAUCUUCCUGGACUGGCAAGGUUACCUGGAGCUGGCACCGAAGAACAUAACCUAUCCACGUACUGGGGAGCAGCUCGAGAUCGUAUCCCAGACUCGGCACACGAUCUCUUCCCGCGAGCCGCUGAUAUGCCGCGUCCUAACCCAAUACCAAAUGGCCUCGGCCAGCACCUUAAGGGCACCAAUCAUGCGAACAUGGUCCACAUUCGUUCGGGACAGUAUUGGGAUAACUGCGGCAAAGAAGAAUCAGAUUCAUAUGAGCAGAAGCUAGAACCGACUCUGAAGCAAGGUCUCAGGUACUUGCACGAGAACUCCGCAGAGACCGGGGCCCUCAGUAUCCAGUAUCUUCAAAAUGAGGAUGUGCAUUCCAAUGAUAACAGUAGCGACACGGAGAAGCGCAAAGAAUCAUGCGGCGCGGGUUUCUUUGCUAAUCUUGAAGACUUGGAGCACUGGGCUAAAAGUCAUGCCUCACAUUUGAAAAUAUAUGGCGGCGCACUUGCACAUUAUAAAGCUUUUGGAGAUGAGAGGAAGUUCCGCACAUGGCACGAGGUGUGUGUGAUUGAGGAGGGGGACGCUGUGUUUGAAUACGUGAAUUGCUUGUCUGAUACGGGAGUCAUUGCAUCCAUACCUCUUACAAGCACAAUUAUAUAA